CCGACGAUCAGAAGUCAGAACAAUAAACCACCACAUCCUCUGAAAACCCUAGCUUCUUCGCCUUCUCCAGAAUUUCCCGUCAAGUUCCCUCUGAUUUCCAGGUCAGCUGAGCUAAGAUGGAUACCGAUUCUGAUGUCGAGUCAGAGAUUAGCGAGUCAGAGAUUGAUGAGUACUCUGAGAAGCCAUAUAAACUUCUACAGAGUGGGAAAUUCAAAGUUAAGGUGAAUGGAACUCUGCGAUGCCCGUUUUGUUCGGGCAAGAAAAAGCAAGAUUACAAGUACAAGGAGUUGUUUGCUCAUGCUUCUGGUGUUGCCAGAGGAUCUGCCAACAGAAGUGCAAAGCAAAAGGCUAAUCAUCUUGCUUUGGCAAACUACCUGGAGAAAGAUCUAGCUGGUGAUGCGGAACGUCUUCCAUGCCCUCCAGUUCCUCUGUCUAAGCAAUUAGAGCCAAAACCGGGUGAUAUUUACGUCUGGCCAUGGAUGGGGAUAGUUGUCAACCCAGUAAAUAGAUCAGAUGAUAAGGAGUCUUUGCUUGACUCAGGAUAUUGGUUGAAGAGGCUUUCUAAGUUCACGCCUCUUGGGGUGGAAUCCUUCUGGAAUGAACAGGAUUCUGAAGUUGAUGUUAUUGUGAAGUUCAAUAGAGACUGGAACGGGUUUGUAAAUGCCACAGAGUUUGAAAAGGAGUUUGAAACUGAGCGAUGCGGCAAAAAGGAUUUGGCCGUGAAGAGAGGGGAUUUUGGUUCCAAGGGCUAUGGGUGGGUUGCACGUGCAGAUGAUUACAAAUCUUCUGGGCCCAUAGGGGAAUACCUUUCAAAGGAGGGAAAGCUGAGCACAAUUUCUGAUAUCGUCGAGGAAGCACUGCAGGAUAGAAACAGUGUACUGGAAAGUCUAACAACUAAAAUUGCCUUGACAAAUGAGGAUCUCAACAAACUCCAGUACAAAUAUGAUGUGGAGGCAAUGUCACUAAGUCGGGUGCUCCAAGAGAAAGACAAUCUGCAUGGAAUUUUUUUGAUAGAAAGAAAGAAGAUGCAGAAGAUCUCACGUGACAAUAUCCAGAGAAUCCUCGCAGAAAAGGAGAGGUUGAGCGAUGAGCUGGAGGAGAAAAUGAGGAAGCUCAAGGGCUGGAGCAGAGAGCUGGAGAAAAAAGAAGCUCUAACUGAAAUUGAGAGGAAGAAACUCGAAGAAGACAAGAAGAAGAGCGAUAUAAUGAACUGCUCGCUUCAGUUAGCUUCCCAGGAGCAGAAGAGGGCUGACGAGAAUGUUUUGAGACUUGUAAAUGAACAUAAGAGGCAAAAAGAAGAGGCCCUGAAAAAAAUUCUUGAGCUUGAGAAGCAGCUAGACACCAAGCAGAAACUUGAGAUGGAGAUUCAAGAGCUGAAAGGGAAAUUACAAGUCAUGAAGCAUCUUGAGGAUCAAGAUGAUGAAGCAGUGAAACAGAAAAUGAAAGAAAUGAAUGAAGAAUUGGAGGAAAAAAAAUCUGAGCUAGAAGACAUGGAGCUCAUGAAUACACACCUCAUGACUAAAGAACGUCAAAGUAAUGACGAGAUACAAGUUGCGAGGAAAGCAUUGAUAGCGGGUUUGCCAGAAUUGUUGGGUAACGGUACAAAUAUCGGGGUAAAGAGAAUGGGAGAGAUUGACGACAAGCCCUUCCAAGUCGUGUGCAAACAGAGGUUCCCUCCUGAAGAAGCUGUGAUACAGGCUGCCACGCUUUGCUCACAAUGGCAGGAAAACCUCAAAGAUCCAGCAUGGCAUCCGUUUAAAAUCACCACUUAUGGGGGAAAAGCCACGGAGGUGGCAGAUGAAGAAGACGAGAAGCUCAAGAAGCUUAAAGAGGAAUGGGGAGAAGAGGUACAGAAUGCAGUUAAGACGGCACUUGAGGAGCUUAACGAGUAUAAUGGAAGCGGAAGGUAUGUUGUACCAGAGCUUUGGAAUUUCAAAGAAGGACGAAAAGCGACGUUAAAGGAAGUGAUUGCAUACAUCGCGAACAGCAUCAAAAAUCUUAAGAGGAAGAGAAAUUGAGGGGUUUGGAUGGAUAAAGAAGAAGAAAAGAGGACGGAUUUCUGUCCUAAGAUAUGCCUGAACUAGGCAUUGUGUUUACUCUUAGACUCUAUGUUUUGUAUAUUCUGAUCAGAUGUAGUGGGAGGGCAUUUGUAUCCUUCACUAACAUGAAUCUUACUCAUUAUCCUAUGUAUCUAAUUUAUGGAUGUUUUUGUCCAGUCUUUGCAGUUGUAUGAUAAUUAUCGUUGUUAUGCUUAGAAUAUAUUCAACUACA